AUGUUUGUAAAAGAAUAAAAAUAGGCGGAUGGUAGCCUAAUUCUCUUUCCAAAAUCAGAUCAUAAAUAUUCAUUGAUUUGGGUAAUGAAAAAUUUACAAUUAGAUGCACGGAUUGGGGGAUACUUCUUAUGGUUUCUUAAGUAUGUUUCAAAAAUAGUAAAUUGUCAAUCCAGAAACCAAAAUACUUCUACUUUAAGCUCCUAAAAGACGAGUUACUAUAAAUAAAGGGCAUGUUAGUUCAAGUUGGUUUGAUAUAAAAGUAAUGGAACCAGAUAUUGUAAAAAAUUCAGAUUUGGAAUAUUUUAAAACUGUAAAUCUAAUAUUCAUUAUUAGACUGUAUCUAUAGAUGAAAUUGAGGAAUCAAAAAUGAUGAUCAAUUAAUAUUUAAAUGAAGAGGUAGCAAAAGUAUCAGCAAAAAAUGUAUUCAUUGGUGGAUUUUCAUAAGGUUGUUGUAUGGCAUUAGAAGUUGGUUUGAGUUAUUCUUAAACACUUGGAGGUAUAGUUGGCUUAUCAGGAGAUUUAUUUACUUCUACAAAAUUAUAAGAAAUUCAAGAUAAAACUCCACUUUUGAUUAUUCAUGGAAAAGAUGAUUAGGUGGUUCCCUGCGAAUUUUUAUCAAGAAGUCUUGAAAGAUUGAAAACAAUUAACCGCUUAAAUUAUGAACAUAUCAUACUACCAAAUCUAGAACAUGAAGUUAGUUAGUAAUGCGUUUAGUUAAUGAUUCAAUUUUUCAAAAAAAAUUAGAUUUGA